ACUAUGAUUAUAAUGGAUUAUAAUGUUACCCGGCUCGUAUAAGAACAAGAAUGCCCAGUUUCAAUGUCAGUUACUCGCUUACCAACCCUAACCUUGAUAUGGUCUAACUUAAGCAGAUUUAAACUGUGUAGCUGGAAAUGUUCACAGUGUAAAUUAUCGUUCAAACAACUGGUAUUGUAGGGGGUCACAUCGUAUGGAUUUAUGGACUUCGUUGAUAGGAAGCCAUGACGUAAAUUAUACAAGUCUGCUGGCCACUUCCCGUUAAAUGAGGAAGCCAUACACGAGCGCAAGGGUUUACAACGAAAAUGCACGAAACAGGAUAGAAGGCGGCCUGUUUCAAGAUUAGGAUAAAAAGCUGCAGUAAAGUUUGUAGUGUGGUUUGUGUAUCGUGUCACUGAUGUGGCUGUUAAGUGUGACCCUGGGCCUUGUCCAGUAAUGAUAAGGGCUAGGCGUUUUCUAAAUAUAGAAGACUCUGUUGCCAGCGUCUAGCAGUGACAUCAUGAAAGAGUGACUUCGUUGAUCUAGACUACAGAAAUGGCAGCUGGAGAGGAGGUUCGAGCCAUAUGGAAGAUAGCAGAUGCUGUUUGUUUUGAUGUUGAUUCAACAGUUAUACAGGAGGAAGCGAUUGAUGAAUUAGCAAAAUUCUGUGGUAAAGGGGAUCAAGUUGCUAAAAUAACCAAGGAAGCUAUGAAGGGAAGUUUAAGUUUCCAACAGGCAUUUGCUCGGCGCUUGGAAAUUAUUAAACCUCAGAUGAACCAGAUACGAGAUUUUAUUCGAACAAAACCUCCCAGAUUGACUCCUGGAAUUAAGCGGCUGGUGGAAGUGCUGCACCAACGAAGUGUGCCUGUGUACCUUAUAUCUGGUGGCUUGCGAGGGGUCAUAACACCAGUAGCACUGGAAUUAAACAUACCAUUACAAAACGUAUAUGCCAACAGAUUAAAAUUCUUUUUCAAUGGUGAGUUUGCUGGAUUUGAUGAAAAUGAACCAACAUCACGAAAUGGUGGCAAGGCAGAGGUUAUAAGGAUGUUGAAGGAGAAACAUGGCUACAGUAAUGUGGUGCUGAUUGGAGAUGGUGCCACUGACCUAGAGGCAUCUCCACCAGCUGAUGCUUUCAUUGGAUAUGGUGGUAAUGUGAUACGAGAAGAAGUGAAAUCCAAAGCUAAAUGGUUUGUAACAGAUUUCAAGGAACUUAUAAAUGCUUUUUAAGGCUCUACUUUAAAACAGAGAUGCUGAGACGUCACAGCCAAAGUUAACUGAAGUAACAAAAUGAAGGUAGUUUGUAAGAUGAAACUUGGGACAAUUCUAAGAGGAUUAGUUGACUAGUUGUUGUCCAUAAUGUCAUAUCAAUCUGGAAAACAUCACAUUAGAAACAUAUCAUGUUAACUGCUCACUUCUAUAUAUGAAUCCAUGCUUGUAUCCCCGUACUAAUAACCAGAUACACAUCAGAAUGUUAUAUAGUCGAAGGUAUGUGACCAAAUAGCUAUUGUGGAUUAAAAUAGCCUAUUCAUAUAUUUAUUACAUAAGUGAAGGGGAUAAUGACAAAUAAUUGUCCGUAUAGAUUUUGAUCAAGCUGCAAUUAAAUUAUAUACAGACACUGAAACUGAAUUUUAUGUUCAGUAUUUUGGAAAGAAAUUAAGUUUGGAAAAGAAUUUUACCAGUCCAUGAUUGUAGUAUAAGUUAAAGAGUUUUAUAAAGGUACAUAAAGGGGUUAAGGGAUGUGUGAAUGGAUUUUUAAGUACUCACAUAUGGUCUGGCCUCGACAUAAGAAUUUAUAAAAAUGUUUCUUAAAACGUGUGUUCAUAAUAUCUGAAUGUUGCUAAAAUAUAUAAUCCUAAUGCCUAGCUUCUGAUUAUGUAUAUUACUGUAGAGUACUGUUUAAGAAAAUAAUUCAGAUAUGGCAAUAUUUAUUCCUUUUGGAGCGUUCACAGUGAAGAGUUGUGAAAAUACUGAUAUUAGCUUUCCCAUAUUUGUCUGUCCAUUCAGCUGUCUGCGUGCAACAAAUUGAAAACCACUAAACAAAUUUUAAUCAAACAUGAUAUUGUAAAGUCUUAUGGAAAUUUAUCGCCGCAUUUUGGUUAAAGUCAGCAGUAGCAUAUGCUUUACAUGAAGACCAAAAUGUGUUUCUGUGUGUAUUUCGCACACAACUCGCUAAAUAUACAUCAGAAUGGAAACUCUUUCAGACCAAAGUUGUAGAUAAAAUUGAAACUCACAUUUUGUGUUGUCUGAACAUAAUAAGAAAUUGAACACAUCACAAGUGUUACAUUAUGCAUACAAGUUUGAAGUGGUCAUGUAGGACACAAAAUUAAUGAAGAAUCAUUGAGCAUUUUUUAUGUCUUGAGUAUUCCCUGAUCUGAGAAGUUAAAUAUUUCUCAUGCUUCCCUAACCUCGUCUACUUUCAACUGAUGGCUGAUGUUUUUCAAUUACUAAUAGGAACAGUUUUGAUCAUGCAUGCUAAGUACUGUAUAACCUGACCUAUCCUUACUUACUCACACCAAACUUUAAAAUAGAGAAAUAUAUCCUCCAAAGUGUUGGUAUCUACCUACAAGACCAGACAAUGUGGACACUUGCUAAUGUUACAGCCACUUCAGGAAGUGCACUGUAUAAGAAAAUGUUCAGAUGAAACCCCCUUGCAGCACUGCUACAGAACACAACUGGUUGUGUGACCACAUUGCAAUUGACCACAAGCUGUAAAUUGAACAGCUGCAUUAUAUCAGCCCUCUGAGACAUUUGUAGUACCAUCAUAAGAAGAUAUGUUGGCUUUCUCACAAGGGGUGUCAUCUUGUACAACACCACCCAUCACCAUAUGGUAGCAUUGUCUAGGACUGCUGUGCUCCAUGCACUGGAAGUUGUUGGACCUACCUCAAUACAGUCUGGACCUGUCACAGUGUCACUGCUGUGUGUUUAGUCCUCUCAAGAAAGUACUGAAGGGACAUCAGUUUGGGUCAGACACAGAUGUCAAGUCCACAAUGGUGCACUGGGUCCACAGCAGUGCAGGGAAAUCUCGUGGAGGGGAUCUGUUGAAUGUUGCUUCAAUGGAAUGCCUACCUAAACGCCCAUGGGUACUAUUUUUAACUGCAUCUGCCCCUUCACACAGAACAGUCUCCUGAAUGGGUUUCAUUUUGGCCACAUUCAUGUUUUAAACAGAUUAGUGCACAUUUCCUUGCCCUGUUGCCACAAUCUGAUCAGAACAGAGAAGAUUAAGCUCAUUGUUAACUUCUUCUAUUGUAGCUGUUACCUGAGUCUGUCAGACUUUACUGUUAACCCGAUAUAUACCAGUCAAGUGGGCAGCUGUCUGACAUCGUAUCAAGGAGAUCUUGGGUUCAAAGCUGAGCCUCGAGACCUAUCCUAACUGAUGUUCUUUGUGGUUUUCCUCAGUUCCUGCAGGAAAAUGCCAUGGGAGUACCUCAAAGUAGGCCAUGACUGCAUCCUUUCAUAUCUUUUCCAGUUCAUUUCAUUGUUCACUAAAUGUCUUAUUAUCCAACACCAUAUAGUUUGAGUUACUGAACCUGUUAUUAAAUGAACAAAAAGAAAAUGGUAUUUUGUGUCCUUCAAAAGUUUAGGACUACUGUACCUUUUCCAUUGUUGUGUGAAGCCCACUGCCUUAUUUCUCAAAGUAUUUACAGCAUAUUUUGUGAAACAUUUAUUUGUGCAUAUACGCUCUUUAUGAGUCAUUUUGUCUAGUAAUUCAGCCUUUGCUUUGUUUAUAUAUUAGUCUUUUUCAUCGUACAAAUCAAAUUUAUGUAACCUUUCCAAAAGUAAAUUAAGACCAUAAAUUUAACAUGAACCAUGUCCAUGGUAUUUCACUUUGCUGUCAAGGCUAUGGGGUCUUUUUGUAAAUGAGGAUUAGAUACUCUUAUUAUUUUUUAUGUUAAACCAUUUAACCUGGUCCUGGACACCUCUUUCAGGUAUGAUCUAAAAAUUUUUCUGUUAUUUCUUAUGGACGUUGUUUUGUUGAACUGAAAUAAUUUCUAGAUGAAACCUGAAUGUAAUGAAUAGCAAUGUUUUGUGGUGAUUGGUAGUUUUUGAGGUUCCUUGCCAUUCUACAUGUAAUAAUAGAAUCACUUCUCAAAUUAGAUCAAAGAACAUGUAAAAUGUAUAGUGAAAAUCUGGAAUAUUCUUUUGGAAAUCCAGUUUACCCUGUUUUCAUGUCUGUUGCUGAAUGUGUAACUGUGAACAAGUGAAUGUGUUGAAUGUUCUUGUAGCUAUAAGUACAUUAUUGUCUUUCAUUGCAGCAUAGAGGAGAUAUGAUUUUCCUUCAACUUUAUUCAUGUAUCAGUUUUCUUAUUUUAUAUAAAAAUAAUACAUAAUAUUUUAGAUACUUUAUUUGGUAUAAUUGGUGAAUAACCAUACAUAUUUGUAUUAUUAUAUGACCUGAAAACAAAUGUGUAUUUUUUGUGAUUGAUACCAGGAUGUUCUUAACUUCAAGAGAGAAUAUCUUUUCUUCAGCUUCAUAUUCUUACACAUUUUACAUUUUAUAUGGUUCGAUUGACAAAAAUCACUAAUCUCUUCUUUUUUUCAUACAAUGUUUCCUUUUUGAUUUCAUGCCAGCUUUUUCCUUUCAUCUUUGUGUUCCAUUACCUGGCUAAAAGUUCUUGAUCUGGUUCAUUGUAUGUCUCUCUUUCCAUUAAAUUUUCUUUUCUUUGUCCCUUUUUGCUCUUCACAAAAUGUUCAUACACAUUCCUUGAAUUUUGUUUUUCUUUGUUUUUGUAAGGAUCCAUGUUAUUAUGUUUAUUUUGCUCUGAAGGUUCUGUGAAGAUUUAAUAUUUCUUUUCUGAAAAAUGUUUUAAUUAAUUUCACCAUUUUCACACUUUUACUGGGAGUUGACCUAAGACAGGUCUAAAACUGGUGCUUUCCAAUGCUCUGCAUUCCAAGGUAUCGUAUCACUGGUCAAAUUAAGCAAAGUGCUUGUCAGGAAUGUGAGCUGCCUUUGCUUCAUCAUAUUUUGAUGUUGUUAAAUAUAGUAAGUGUAAGCUGAUGUGUAUUAAAUACAUGUAACUGUAUCCACUGAACUAAGCAAGAAAGGGAAUGGCAUUCAGAUUUUGUAUUUUGUUAUGGUAUAUUUAGGGCAUAUUCUCUGCCAUGUUACUGCACUGGGAUUUUGUCUGUUGGGGUAACCAUUUUUCCAUGUAAACCAAAUUUGAUCUUUAUAAAUUUCAAACAGAAAUGGAAGAGAAUGAGUGAAAAACAAUCAACAGUUGCUGCAUGUUUCUACUUAUUUCAGGCUCUGACAAGCUGCACUGAAAAUCCCUUUGCAUAUGAAUGAAAUCUGUAGGAAAAAAAUGUAUUUACAUUUACAGUGGCAACAUUGUCAUUUGACAGACUUGGCACUGAGAUGCAGUAAACUUCAACUUUUUGGGUGAUAGGAUUGGCAGAGAAUGUGUCAAUUGAAAGAUGGAUCAGGGAAGAUUAUCAGUACAUUUGACUUAUGUAAAAAUAGGAAGUAUAAAUGCAAUAUUGAAUUAUAAAUUAACAUUUUCUA